UCAGAUGAGUAUAAACAGGAUCUCAAAAAAUGAGCUCUUAGCCAAUUAUGACACAUUUUUAUUCGACGCUGACGGAGUUUUGUGGACCGGUGAUAUUCCAGUGCCAGGAGCAAUUGAAUGGAUCAAUCUUCUUCUUGAGGAUCCGUCAAAGAAGGUCUUUGUUUUAACGAACAAUUCUACAAAGACGUUGGAACAAUAUAUGAAGAAGAUUGAGAAGCUCGGAUUUGGACAUCUCGGCAGGAAUAAUGUUAUUAGUCCAGCUAUCGUUUUGGCAGAUUAUUUGAAAAGUAACGCGGAUAAGUUCUCGGGCGAAUAUGUUUACCUUAUUGGUACGGAAAAUCUGAAAGCAACACUUGAGAAUGACGGAGGUGUCAAAUGCUUUGGAACUGGACCGGAUAGUAUUCGCGAUCACACUGAUGGAGAUUUCAUUCACAAAGUUGACAUGUCUAUUGCUCCAAAAGCCGUCGUUUGCAGUUAUGAUGCCCACUUCAGCUAUCCGAAAAUCAUGAAAGCAUCCAAUUACCUACAAGAUCCGAGUGUAGAAUAUCUCGUCACAAAUCAAGAUUACACAUUCCCAGGUCCUGUUCCAGGUGUUGUAAUUCCUGGAUCUGGAGCAACAUCUGCUGCUGUAACUGCAGUGACUGGAAGAGAUCCAAAAGUUUUUGGAAAACCACAUAAACCGAUGGCAGACUUUUUGCUCCGAAGAGCUCAUGUGGAUCCAAAAAGGACUGUGAUGUUUGGUGAUCGUCUAGAUACGGAUAUCAUGUUCGGAAAUGCUAAUGGGUUUUCAAGUGUCUGGAUGCCAACUGGAGUUCAUACAAUUGUCGAUAUUCAUAAUGCGAAGGAAAAAGGACAACUUGAUCGAAUUCCGACAUUCACACACUGCUUCGCUACUGGAGAUUAAUUUUGGCUUUAAAUAUUUCCAAUUUUUUUAGGAAUCUAUCUCUCUAGGACAACUAUCUGCCACACCAAUCCAGUGUCAGAAUGAAUCGGAAAAUAGUGAGCCGCAGAAGCAGGGAUGGAUCAGUAGAUUGCUCAAGGGACAAUCAAUGGAUCCAUCGAGUUGGCAGAAACAGUCACAUUCGUCGUUGCUCUCGAAUUCAGAGCUCAUGUACGAGUUCAUGACUCACAACUACCGCCCAGGAGAGCAGGAUGCAUAUUUAGAUGCUUUUGGAAAGUAUAAAAACGAAAUGAAUCAAAAGAAUCCAUCAAUUGAACUUGUUGGAUCAUGGACAUGUGCUUAUGGAAGAACUCGUGAUCAGGCAAUUCAUCUGUGGAGACAUAACAAAGGUUAUGAAGAUGUUGAUUCAUCGAUUUCUCUUCAUGGAAAAGAUUCUGGAAUCCGUGCAGCUGAUAAUGACGUUGCUAAACUGUGUGGUCGCCGCAAGAAUCUCAUAGUAAAAUCAUUCAGCUAUUGGAGAGAACCAGAACAACGACCACCAAAUCAUGUUUAUGAUCUUCGUUCAUAUGUUCUUCAACCUGGAACUAUGAUUGAUUGGGCAUCUGCAUGGGCAAAAGGAAUUCAAUACAGACGUGAGGCGAAUCAAGAUGUUGGAGGAUUCUUUGCUCAAGUUGGACAACUCUAUGUUGUCUAUCACAUUUGGGCUUAUCCAUCAAUGUCAGGCCGUAACGAUACGAGACAUGCUACUUGGGCAAAGCCAGGAUGGGAUGCAACUGUUGCGAAUACUGUGCCUCUCAUCAAGAAGAUGCAAUCGAAAAUUUUGACUCCAACCAAAUAUUCUCAACUGGAAUAAACAUUUCUCAUGUUUGUCAUAAUUCACAAAUUGAGAAAUUGAAUAGGUUAAUAUAGAAGAAAUGCUUGUACGUUUUAAUUUUGCCACACACAUUUUCAUUUUCAAAUAGUCAAUCGUAUAUUAUAUGUACUGGUGUCUGUGCUAAUUUUAAUUUCUUCCCCUCUCCCGCGUUUUCUCAUGUAUAUUAUUUUCCCCUCGAGUUUUUUCCCCACCACAUUUUGGUUUCCAGUCUCUUUAUAAAUAUUGCAUA